AGAAGUCAUUGAGCAUCUCCGCCAUUUCGAAUAUUUCUCCUCAUGAUCCUAGUCCCCUCUGUGCCACCAGGGAGCAUUCAAACGUCAAUGGUUUCCCCGGGGCACUGCAGCACUAUCUGCAUGAGAAGGGGAAGCCAGUGACUCACUGGGGAAGUAUGUUCAGUCUCUCAAGUCCUGAGGACCAGGGGACAGCAGAUAACACCUUGGAUCUGGAAGGAGGACAAAGGAGAGCUGUUGCUGAGAUCUGCCCUGACCUAAUGUGCACACUAAAUGCCAAGUGUGUGAACAGCACCCACUGCGCCUGCCUGGAUGGAUUCCAGUCACGAGGGAGUCGCUUCUUCACUGACCAAUCGACCUGCGAUGAUAUCGACGAGUGUCUGGGGCCCAAUCCAGUAAACUGCGGACCCGACGCCAAGUGCAUCAACCAGCCUGGGAGUUUCAACUGCAGCUGCGCCGAUGGCUACGAGUCCAGCUCUGGGAAAGCCAGAUUCCCGAACGCGAGUGAGAACAGCUGCCGGGUGCCCAGCAUGAACUGCAGCACCAAGUUCGAGGGAAUGAAAGAAUCGUGCAGGAGUCGCUCUCCACAGGGAGAGCUGCGCGGCAGCAGCAGCGGAUUCUGCUCUUUCCUCAAUUCGACCUUAAGGAUUUUGAUGUCUGCGUGUGGAGAGGGAAAUGUGACAUUAUCCCUGGAGGAAACCACUCGCUCUUUCAACUCCCUUCUGAACCGCAUCUCCCUCGGGUCCAGCAUUGGUGAGGGGCAGGUGGCGUCGGCAGUGACCGUCCUGCUGCAGAGCGUGGAACUGGUCGCGCUGGCCGCUGCGCUCCGGUCUCCGGGGCAGACGACACAGAACAUGAGCACAGAGUCUAUAGUUAUGGAGACGCGGGUGAUCACAGGGAACUGCAGCCAGCACAGCGAGGUCUUCCAGCUGAGUGCUGACGGGGAGACGAUGGAAGUGCACUGCACUACGGUCACCCACGCAGCCACGCAAGGGCACUUGGGGGCUGCUGCUCUUAUUGCCUACUCCUCCCUGCACUCCACCAUCAAUGCGAGACUUCCCAGCUCAGGCUGUCUGUCGGCUGGGCGGAUGCUGGAGAAGAGUCACCUCGGCUCCAGGGUGGUGAGUGGAGCUGUCGGAGACGGGGGACCCAUUUGCCUCUCCAGACCUGCAAACUUCACCCUGCGCCAUCAACAGCCCAGAAAGGAGCAGGAAGUGGCUCUCUGCGUCUACUGGAAAUUUGAGGCUGGCAAAGGGAGCUGGUCUCCAGACGGGUGCACCACCCUGCACGUGAACAGCACCCACACGACCUGCAGCUGCGACCAUCUCUCCAGCUUCGCCAUCCUAAUGGCUCCCAGCGCAGUGACGGAGAGUCGCCCACUGACCAUCCUCACCUACGUGGGCCUGAGCCUCUCCCUGCUGUGCCUCCUCCUCGCCAUCCUCACCUUCCUCCUGUGCCGCUCCCUCUGGAACGUCAGCACCGCCCUCCACCUGCAGCUGUGCCUCUGCCUCUUCCUGGCCGACCUGCUCUUCCUCAGCAGCCAGGGGGUCCCCCCCAUGCCCAGCCGUUCCCAUUCCAGCUACAGUGUCUCUGUGGCUUGUGCAGUAAUUGCUGGACUCCUACACUACCUCCUCCUGGCCUGCUUCACCUGGAUGUUCCUGGAGGGGCUGCACCUCUUCCUCACAGUCAGGAACCUGAAGGUGGUGAAUUACACCAGCGCCAGCCGGUUCAAGAAGAGACACAUGUACCCGUUUGGCUACGGAUUCCCAGCCCUGAUCCUGGCUAUUUCUGCCGCAGUGAAUCCUAAAGGCUACGGAACUUCCGAGCACUGCUGGCUCAGCCUGGACAGAGGCUUUCGCUGGAGUUUCCUGGGGCCAGUCUGUGCCAUAAUCCUGAUAAAUGUGACGUUCUUUGCCCUGACCCUGUGGAUCCUGAGAAGCAGUCUGUCCUCCCUCAAUGCGGAUGUGUCCACCCUCAGAGGCCACAGACUAAUGACCUUUAAAGCCAUCGCCCAGCUCUUCAUUCUGGGCUGCACCUGGUGCCUUGGUCUUCUCCAUGUUGGCCCAGCAGCCAUGCUCAUGGCGUAUUUAUUCACCGUCAUCAACAGCCUGCAGGGAGCCUUCAUCUUCCUGGUGCACUGUCUCCUCAAUCGCCAGGUGAGAGAGGAGUACAGGAGAUGGAUCAGGGGAUUCCGACCACCCGGCAGGAAAUCUCAGACAGACGAUCUCUCCAUGUCGACUGUCCCCACCACUGGCACUAAGGCGGUAAGAGAUCCUCUGGUUUGCUCCUACACCCGCCUGCGACACCGUCCCCUCUAGCUUUGCUGUACGGGUGCUUUGCCCUGUGAGAGACCCGCAAUUUGUUAUGAGCCAUCUGGGCACGUCCUUGGUCUCUCUCCAGGGGCGUCCUUCAUCCUAGGCACAGCACAGAAUGGCCUUUCCCAUGCCCCCGUGGCCCCUUCCCUGGGCUCUCUGGAGAGCUCCCGGGGUCACUCGCUGGGGAGGCAGGUGCUGGCUCUGGCAGUGUAAUGAUCUGAAUAUCUCCCAGGGAGCCUUGUGAGUGCAGACGAUCCAUCCCCUCGAGCAGUCAGCACCAUGGAGAGUUUCCCAGGCCUUUGUGUGGCCUUGGAAUUUCUCAUCAGUUCCCUGCUUUUCUUGCCAGGUGUAACCCUGAUUCCAUGUGGUCGGCAGCAGCCAGGGCUGUGUUUAGCCUCAGGGUUCCAGAGCAAACCAGACCGGCUGGAGCCCCCUGCCAGUAAUCAGAACAUUUAAGACUAACCCACGUGCCUCCAAGAGGCAACACGUCCCCUCUUUGUCUGUGUGUAACAAAGGGAACUUUUAAUAGAAAGGGAGGAAGAACGGAGCCUUAAUCUGGAAACCCACCAAGAGACACCGACUCCAGAUGUGGUGCGGGGCUGAAGCACCCACAGUGAAAAACUGGAGAGUGCCGAGCACUGACUGGCAGCCCCCUAUCAGCUUACACCUACUACCCCCACAUCACCUGCCUGCUGCCAUCAGCUGUUUCCCCGUAUUUGGGAGGCUUAGGGGAAAGUGAAGGAGUGGGGACUUGGUUUGCUAGGGAGAGGGGAUGGACCUGGGCAGUGCAAGGGUGGAGCGGCUGCAGGUAGAAGCAGGGUGGGGCUUUGGGAGAAGGGGUAGAGUGGAGGUGAGGACCUUGAGCAGAGCUGGGGAUCAAGCCCCCCCACUUUUAAAAGUUGGCACCUGUACUCACAACCAUGAGUCGACAGCAAGGGACCAUGCAUAAGGCUGAGAUUUUAUCACAGAUAUUUUUAGUAAAAGUCAUGGCUAGAUCCUGGGCAAUAAACAAUUCACGGCA